AUGUCGUCUGCAGCUCAACAUCCUAGGAGAGCAGAAGAGGACCGAACUUGCGUCCUAGAUCAACUUUUAUGGGAAGAAGAAGAUGUGACGUUUAAUAUUAAUGAUUUCGGUGGCCACGAGAUCUACAGGGUUGUUCAUAAUUUCUUCCUUGCCAAAGAUGGGUUGACGUUAUUAGUUUUUGACAUCGCGCUGUACGAAACGAGCAAUUUCCACGCACUUAUUGGACAGUGGAUCGAAACGCUCUGCAUGCGCGUUCCAGAGGCAAUGAUUGCCCUUGUUGGCACGCAUAUUGACGAAUGCGGCCGUGAGGUAGCAGAGAGUAAAAGCCAGGACGUACUGGAACGUGCAGACAAGUUUAUUCAGGAAAAGACGGGAGAAAGGAACACGAAGGAGAAGAUACCGAUUGUGGUUCAAAAAACCUUUCCAGAUGCAAUUACUGAAAAAGAAACCAAAAGAAGGAGGCAGUUUGGUGUAUACUUGGUUGAUCAGAUAUUUUUAGUUAGUUCUAAAAAUCUUGAAGGAUUCGACCAGUUGAAAGAAAAACUUAUCCAGGUUGCUAAAACCAAAGCUCUUAUCUUACCGCAGUCCUGGCUUGCCGUCUCGAAGUUCGUUCAGAAAGCCAAAUCUGAACGUACUGACUGUAACUGCUUGUCGGUGCAGGAACUCUCUUGCGAAUAUUCGUCCAUAAUCCGAAAUUCAUCAGAAAAAGUAAAGAAAGCUGGCGCUUCUCGUAGAGAAAACCAAGAGAAAGUAGGACGGUCUAAAACUACAAAAGAUUUUAAACCGAAAAAGCGAAGUUUCUUUUCACACACCCUCCAAAAACUACAGAGAGCGUUUUCGCCGAGGCAAGCAAAAACGGCACAAGCCUCCUCAAAGAGCACUACUGAAAAUCAAGAUGAGCCUUCUGACGAGACAGAGGCAGAAGACAUCCAACUGCAGAUGAUUCUGGACACCCUCCAUUUCCUACGUAAGACCGGCGAGGUAUUAUGGUUUCCAGAAAAUUCCUUCCUUCUGAACAUUGUGUUUCACAACCAGGACGUCGUGAUAGACCUCCUGAAGGCCGUGUUCCGCCACGACAUGGAGGAUGAACUGCAGUACGACAAGGCGCCUUUCAGAACGGAAUACACCCAUCCUCGCUUUAUCAACGAACGCGAAGACCUUCUCAAGCGCGGGAUUCUCUCUCGGAAGAUGAUCGCCUGCCUGUGGGAGAAAUUUGGCCUCAAGAACACCGAGAUCGAUGCCAUGAUUGAAUUAAUGCUGAAAUUUGAUUUAUGCUAUGACGUUUCCGUCCAAGAAACAGAGGAAGAAGUGGACUCCACGCGUGCCUCUCAUUUCCAUAUCCCGUGGUUGCUACGGGAGACCAGACCAGGUGACGUCAUGCUUCAGUGGCCCGCUUCACUUCCGUCCGACCACGUGCAACUUACGCUGGAAUACCACUUCCAAAACAGCUGCCCCAUUGGUCUUUACGAAAUGGCCGCUGUACGUCUCCACCGGUACCUUGGCCCAUUCAAGACGACCCGCAUUGACUGGACGGACGGCGUCGUGGCUCAAGUGGGACAGGGCUUCUUAAAUAUGGAGAGAAGAGAGACUGCCACCGGCGGUUUAAUAAUGGUCGCAAUAAGAGGAAAGAACGUGAGCGACUUGUGGCCUCACACUGUGAAACUCCAUGACGAGAUGGUAGAGAUUUUGGAACAGGAGUGCCCUGGUUCUAGGUGUGAUGCCUAUUUGGUGUGUCCACACUGUGUAGCGGCUGGGUUUCAAGAUCCCACACUAUUUCCAGCGGAAGUCCUUACGAGCCCCCCGCCAAUGACUCUCUCAGUGGUGCCAUGUCUCCGUUCAGCCAAUGGCAAAGUUCCUGCAUAUUUAGUUUAUCCUAAUGCUCAGGACCAAGGUAUCAUGACGGCCGAUCAUCGGCGAGCUCUGAGGGCCCAUCGCGUUCGACUCGUGGAAGACAUCUCUAGCCCGUCAGCGCUGGAUAUCUUGAAUCGCUUGUACGCAGCCGCCAUUAUUACGGAGAGGGAAAUGGUCACAAUGCGAUCGGCAGACUUGAAAUACGACAUGGUGGAGGCGCUUUUGGAUAUUCUUCCGGGAAAGGGUGACCGCGCAUUUGGGGAAUUUGUUACUGGUUUGGAGUGUUGUGGCUAUGGGGACAUUGCCAGGCUAUUGAAAUACCAGUUUAAGUUUUGAAUGGUAUCUACUGGAACAGAUGUGUAAUGGGCUGUAAAACCCUGAGUUAAAGGGGUAACUUGGAACACACUUUUGUUAAUAUCGGAAUAUUGCUACUUCCAUUUCCUGGUAGUAGACUUAUCUUUGAGACUCAGGGUGCAGGCUGCGAACUUCAUCAUGCAACUCUGCUGUGAGCAUAUCUCGUUGAGAUAGAGUGAUGAUCGUCGUGAGGUGGGACUUACCUAUUAACAAAAAUAAAAAAAAGUGUAAAUAUAUGCGGUAGGGAUGUCGUCUUAGAAAGGUAUAUAGCAGCCGUUAAAUUUUUCUGUUGUGCAUAAGAAUAAUUCUGCCGAACUUAAAAGAAAACAGCUAGAAAUAUAUCGGUGGAUAAAUAGUCACAGCUUUUAUUCUCUGUCGAAGCGCAUUUGCUAGCCUGCUAUUAUUUUUGAUGCCACUCUCGUCGAAAUCCUGCGAAAUCUCGCUUGAUAUACUAUACGCUAAUUAUCAAAACUUUGUCGCUAUCUCGGAUUAUUCCCAUAUUUGUAUGGUGUGAGAUGUCGUAUUGAAAAUUUUGAAAUACUGUUAAUGGUUUCAAAAAUGAAGACCUGUAUUUAGUUCUAAAUAAUUAUUCGGUCAAAUAGGUUUGUCAUUGGCUUAUGUGCUAAAAAAGGGAUCCAAGCAAGACUGUACACUGAGAAAAAUGUUUUGGACAACAGCUGAAGCUAUGCAAUACAUGCAAGCAGGUUAUUUCCGAAGGGCACGGAGAAGGCUUGGAAGAACGCUUUUUAAAUUUCAGAAAUUUUAUCGACAGCUCAUAUUAAUUGUCUUGCGCUUAAUUAAUAAGCUAAUACGUUUUUUUUUUGUUUAACUACUGGACCUUUUCGUAAAACGUAAACACAUACAGGGGAAACGUUUGAGACCUCCGAAGGAUUGGAAGAAGGCUUGGUCGAGCCUUUCAUAUAUAUAUCGAAAAAAAUAUCU